CAAAUUUCUCUUUAAUAGCAACGUAAUAAUUUUUAAGCUCAACUGAAACACACAAACAUGUUACUAGGACGUAGUGUAGCAAACUUAAUGCGCGCAUCCCUGCGAGGUUGGCGCACCAGAUACUCUGCGGCACGCAACUGCAGCUGCGGCAGUGAAAACGAGAGAGACGGCGAUAAUGACAAGAGCAGCCGGGGGCUGCGACAACAAUGAAUACCAGAUGAACGACCACAAUUUCGAUGCGAUUGUGAUAGGAGCGGGCGGGGCGGGCAUGCGGGCGGGCUUCGAGCUGGCGCGCAAUGGCUUCAAGACGGCCAUGCUAUCGAAGCUCUUCCCCACGCGCUCGCAUACGGUGGCGGCGCAAGGGGGCGUCAAUGCGGCACUGAGCAACAUGGACGAGGACGACUGGAAGUUCCACUUCUUCGACACGGUGAAGGGCAGUGAUUGGCUGGGCGAUCAGAAGGCCAUACACUACAUGUGCAAGAAUGCGGCUGAGGCGAUUUACGAGCUGGAUCAGUUUGGCAUGCCGUUCUCUCGCACCGAAGCCGGCAAGAUCUAUCAGCGUCCGUUUGGUGGGCAGACGCUCGGCUAUGGGAAGGGCGGCAUGGCCAAGCGCGCCUGCUCCUGCGCGGAUCGCACGGGACAUGCGUUGAUACACACGCUGUACGGACAGACGCUGAAGUACGGCGAGCUGUGUCAGUACUUUGUGGACUACUUUGUGAUGGAUCUGCUGAUGGAUGAGGGCCGCUGUGUGGGCUGCCUGGCGUGGAAUAUGGACGACGGCACUUUCCAUCGCUUUAUAUCCAAGAAUACGGUGAUUGCAUCAGGCGGCUGUGGGCGUGUCUACUUUUCCACCACGGCGGGACACACCUGCACGGGCGAUGGCAAUGCCUGGGUGUCGCGCCAGCAGCUGCCGCUGGAGGACAUGGAGUUUGUGCAGUUCCAUCCCACGGGUAUGUAUGGCGCAGGCUGUCUGAUCACCGAGGGCGUGCGGGGCGAGGGGGGUUUCUUUUUGAACAGCAAGGGUGAACGCUUCAUGGAACGCUAUGCGCCGCAGGCCAAGGAUCUGGCCUCGCGUGAUGUAGUGGCGCGUGCUAUGACGCUGGAGGUGCUCAAUGGUAAUGGCUGUGGACCUCUCAAGGAUCAUGUGCAUCUGCAGCUGCAUCACAUUGAUGAGAAAAUAUUACGCGAACGCUUGCCCGGCAUUAUGGUCACCGCCAAGAUAUUCGCCAAGGUGGAUGUCACCAAGGAACCGGUGCCGGUGCUGCCCACUGUGCACUACAACAUGGGCGGCGUACCAACGGACUUUAUGGGUCGCGUCGUCACACUCAACGAUGAGCAAGAGGAUCAAAUUGUCGAGGGUCUCUAUGCCUGCGGCGAAACCAGCUGCGCCUCAGUGCACGGCGCCAAUCGCCUGGGCGCCAAUUCACUGCUGGAUCUUAUUAUCUUUGGACGCUCCUGUGCGCUGGACAUUGUGGCCAACAACAGCCCGGGCGAGGAGCUGCCCACACCAGAUGACAGCGUGCAUGAGCAGUCGCUGGACAAUUUCAAGCGACUGCGCGCUGCUGAGGGCAGUACGCCCACAGCUCAGCUGCGGCUGGAGCUGCAGCGCACCAUGACCUCGUAUGCGGCGGUGUUCCGCGAGGGUGCGCUACUCCAGAAGGGCCGUGAUAGGGUGCGCGAGCUUUGCGCCAUGUUCAAGGAUGUUAAAGUGACGGACCGCACUAUGGUGUGGAACACAGAUCUGGUGGAGACGCUGGAGCUGCAGAAUAUGCUGGCCAAUGCUGUGCACAUUGUAGCCGCCAUGGAGAACCGCAAGGAGUCGCGUGGCUCGCAUGCACGCGAGGAUUUCAAGACACGCAUAGACGAGUACGACUACAGCAAGCCGCUGGAUGGGCAAGAAAAGAAGAGCGAGGAGGAGCACUGGCGUAAGCAUACCAUGACCUUUGCUGUCAACGACGAGGGCUGCGUGAACAUACGCUACCGCAAGGUCAUCGAUGAAACCCUGGAUGCCGACGAGGUGCCCUCCCUGCCGCCCGCUCCGCGCACUUACUAAGCUCUAGGCUCAAAGCAAGACAUAAUAAACACAAUUGAUG